AUGGAAAACUACGAGAGGAACCCUCUUCCUUUUAUCCGCCGCUUCAUCACCACUCACAACACCGAGGGCGAGGCCGUAUUUAUUUCCCAUGCUCAAGUUCCCGACUACCUCCCCUCGACACCGACCGGAGAAGAUGGCGAAAUAGCCCUGUUAUACGCUACGACUAACGUUCCGACCUCGGUUGACGCCGAGGCCGACGUCGCGAUGUACGACGAGUUCCUGCAUCAACCUCCUGGAAUCACAGUCGACGGAGGAACUGCUUUCCGCCUCAUCGAUCUUCGCCCGGGAAAGUCCACACCAAUGCAUCGGACUGUCAGUAUCGAUUAUGGAGUGGUGAUUGAAGGGGAGGUUGAUCUGUUGCUGGAUUCGGGUGCAAGCCGGCAAAUGCACCGCGGCGAUGUUAGUGUGCAACGGGGUACUGCGCACUCUUUCCGGAACCGCAGUAAUUCAGAGUGGUGUCGCAUGUUAUUUGUGUAUUUACCAAUGCAGAAGCUGAGUAUCAACGAGAAGCCGUUGGAAGCAGAGGUUUAUGAUGAGGGAUUUGACAAACCGGAUAAUAAGGAAGGCAAUUAG